AUGGAUGACUACAACUUCAAGAGAAGUCACGUUCCGGCUUUCGGGAGCUGGGAUUGCACCGAUGACCUCCCUUUCACUCAGUGCUUUGAAUCCGCAAGACAAGCCGGGCUGCUUCGCUAUAGCUACUCUGAAGAUCGAGAUCUGUACGUCGCCGGUGAUCUCUACGAGAACGAUGUGGUUACUCCGGCCAUGAUCGUUGUUCCUCGCCGAAGGGGGAAAGCUCGGUACCCACAUGUGAAGGAGGAGAAAAAGGAAGGUUGGGUGGUGUGUGACUGUGACUGUGACUGUGAUACGAAGGAUCCACCAAGCCCUCUGCCACUAUCUCCUCCACCUAGACCUAGAAGGGCACCCAAAGCUGUUGAUGAAGAUUUGUAUAAGAUCUCACCGGAACUCCUCCACGCAAAACCCAAAAGGAAAAGGGUCUGGGGCUUUCUUUCAAGCUGCCUGCAACCAAGUUGUGUUCACUGA